UGUGGCAGGACGGGGACGUCUGUUCAGUCUUGAUUUACUGUCGACCCUCCCAUCGUGUGGGAAGGAAGUUGCACUCAGCACAGAAGAAGAUAGAAGAAUAAGCAAAGCCGCAUGACGCCAGCAUAUACCAGACACUCGCUGUAACCUGCGCUCAUCGGGCUGGGGCGCCGUGGGGUGGUGGCACAAGCUUUGGACUAUCCUCAGGGACAGGCUGCAGGUUUUCUCAAAGGUGCCAAAAAGAUCACCAUGGCAAGUCAACUUCUGAAGUUAGCCAUGCUCCUCAUGUCAUUGACCUAUUCUUCAUCCCUGGGCCAAGCGAUCACUGUUGCUACUGAAACUAAAUUCAGCAGUGAAAAAUAUUUCCAAACGUUAAACGUUACAGGCAAUAGCUUUGCUGCUUUGAUGGAUAACUCAGCCAAUGAACUUAAGACGUCUCAUGCAAGUACCGAAGAGUCAAAAGUCACCCCUGAACAACAGACAAGUCCAAGCAGUGUGGCCACUCAAGAAGUAACAUCAAAAUUCACAGCAUAUGUGAUGACCAUUGGGUUAACCAUGAGCAAAGACCCACCACCUGUCUCCUCCACAAAUAGAUCAAUCACUGACCUGCUCAACCUUUCUGCAGGGCUCCCAGUUACAAGUCAAGAAGAUGAUGUGACAAAUAAUCAGAAUAUGCCUACUUCUUCCCAGCCAUCUGAUGAGACAGUGGCAAUUUCUACAGCAUUGGCCACAAAGACCCCAAAAAAUACCUCCUUGCCCACUAAGAAACCUGAGGAGAUAUCAAACAACGAUAAGCAGACAUUCAUCCUUAUUGGGGUCUGCAUUGUGAUCCUCAUCCUGAUCCUGAUCACCACAUUAUUCAUAAUGGUGAGGAGCAAGAGAAGGAGGGGUUCCCAGAGCUUCAUCAGUAGGAGAAGAAGCUCCAACAAGCAGGAUGUAUGGGCCGGUCAGGUACCAGAGCUGGGAGAUGGGAAGAUGACCCAACAUCCAAUGGGGAGGGAAAAUGGGACAGCAGGAAACAAAGAAGAGGCUGGAAAGGAACAGGAGAUGGUCACCUUCAUCAGUGGUGAGAAGAAAGACGAUUCUGUGGUUUUGCUGAAUGAAAUAGGCAACGGAGACACCAUGGAGGAGAAGAAGCCGCUGCUGGAGGACCGUCCACAUGAGUAUGAGGAACAGGAGAAGCUUCUCAUGGCGGAACAGACUCCAGCCCUGACUGUGGAAAAAGACCAAGUGUGAGGGGGACAUGGACACCAACCUGGAGACAGAAGAGGAACAGCCCCCUAUAAUGUCCAGUUAUUAUAUACAGCACAGCUUUAUUACUAAAGGGUUAAUCUGGUGACCCACAUUACAUCGGAACACUGCACCCACCUAAUGGAAUCUGCAUGGGGGCAGGGGACUCUCAUAUCUAUCUAUUUUAUAUCUAUCUAUCUAUUUAUCUUAUAUCUAUCUAUCCAUCCAUUAUCUAUCUAUCUAUCCUUCUAUCUCAUAUCUAUCUAUCUAUCUAUCUAUCUAUCUAUCUAUCUAUCUAUCUAUCUAUCUAUCAUCUAUCUAUCUCUCAUACUGUAUCUAUCUAUCUAUCUAUCUA